CAUCAAGGAAAAUAGAGAUUUCUGGCCUCUCUUGAGAAGUUUGGAACUGUGCCCUCAUUCCCUCAUGGCCUCAUGACUUCAUUUCCCUGCAGCCCUCCCUCGGGUUAUGUCACUCUCCCUCAUGUCCCCCGCCUGGCUCUUGCCGAUGAUUUGAGGUGCAACCCUGGUGGAUUUGGUCUAAUUGAGGUUCCCCGCCAUGGCCACCGGGGGGCAGUGCAGGCCCACGGAGGGGCAGCGGCGGGAGCCCGAGCCCUGCCAGGGAGGGACGGGCAGCAUGCGGCUCUUCCAGGUAACCGUGUACGAACUGGAGAACUUCCAAGGCAGGCGAUGCGAGCUGUCGGCCGAGUGCCCCAACCUGACCGACAGCCUGCUGGAGAAGGUGGGCUCCAUCCAGGUGGAGUCCGGGCCGUGGCUGGCGUUCGAGCGCAGGGCCUUCCGCGGGGAGCAGUUCGUCUUGGAGAAGGGGGAUUACCCUCGCUGGGACGCCUGGUCCAACAGCCACAACAGCGACAGCCUCCUGUCCCUCCGGCCCCUGCACAUUGACGGCCCGGACCACAAGCUGCACCUCUUUGAGAACCCAGCUUUCAGCGGCCGCAAGAUGGAAAUAGUGGACGACGACGUGCCCAGCCUGUGGGCUCACGGCUUCCAGGACCGGGUGGCGAGUGUCCGGGCCAUCAACGGGACGUGGGUCGGCUACGAGUUCCCCGGCUACCGCGGGCGCCAGUACGUGUUCGAGCAGGGCGAGUACCGCCACUGGAACGAGUGGGACGCCAACCAGCCGCAGCUGCAGUCCGUGCGCCGCAUCCGCGACCAGAAGUGGCACAGGCGGGGCUGCUUCCUCAGCAGCUGAAGGG